AUGUUGAAACGAUCAUCUUUAAUAUAUCUAUCGUGUGUCUUGAUAAUUACCAUACCAAUACUUUUGCAUAUAUACAAUGUUCCAGGACUGCCUCACGAAACCAAUGAACAUAGAGCUUCUCGAAAGCAAAAAAGAGCGUUAGCCAGUCCGGAUAAACCCAAAGGCGGGAACGAUGAAGAGCUAUUCUGUGCGGUAACCAACCCAGUCACUGGAUCAUACAUAGAUCUAUCACAACUAUCUUCUACUCCAAAUAAAUUAAGGGAGGGCCAAAAACAGAAUUCUGGCACUAACAAACAUGAAUCCUCCAAGACAAAGUGGUCAGUGAGAGGUUGGGGUUACGAUACCAACUUCACCUUAGGUAUUUGCUCUAGCCCUGUUGGCGAAGCUGAGUCUCAACAACUGUCCAAUCUAACGGGUGCUUUCUACGUAGACCAGCUGAACGAGAAUAGUUUAGUAUCGAUUGGCGACUUCAGUACAGAACCUGCAUUAGUCGGCAGCCCCACUGCCAAGAAGCUAACCCUCAAAUACGAAAAUGGCUCCAUGUGCCCGAACGGAAAGGACAAGAAAGCAACUUUAUUGAAUUUUGUCUGCGAUAAAGAAAUUCAGUCCAAGGCCCAGAUAUCGUACAUCGGCAACUUACACAAUUGCUCGUAUUUCUUCGAAGUCCGCAGCAUUUAUGCGUGUCCCACCUCAAACAAAAAGAACGAGGUUAAUGUUUUGGGUAUAUUUAUCGGCAUAUUCGCCAUAUUCUUCUUAGUCGAAUUCGCGGGGAGAAGAUGGAUCUAUGCUAAACUAAAUAGACACUUGAAAAAUGAUGACGAGUUAAAUGACAUAUCGCCAGCUUUAAAUGAGCAACCACACUGGGAUCUCAUAGAGGACGGCUCUCACUGGAGUAAAUUCUUCAACGGAAUAGCCAAGACGACAAGAAGGUUCACCAAAUCGUUAAUGAGGUCUUUAGUCAGGGGCAGGAGCAACCGCCAAGGCGGUAUAAGACUACGGUCAUCUCCAUCCGCCUCUUCUUCUAGUCUCGCCAACAGAGAGUUCUUCAGAGACAUGGAGGCUCAAAACGAAAUUAUAGACAGCCUGGACAUUAAUAGCCACACAACGGAAAGUGACCACCCAACUUUAGCAGAACACAGCGUAUAA